AUGCAAAAUGCCACUGAAGAAGAUAGUUCAAACUUAGGGGAAAGGAUUUCCCGUAGUGUGUUGGAGGUAUUUAAUAGUUUGAAAAACAAAGCUGCAAAACCUGUUUUAAGAAGUAAUGGAGUGAAAGAAUGGACAGUUUUAGCUGGAGUAGUUGCCAUAAAUAUUUCAAAUGACAACUUGAAGACCAUAUGUAUAGCGACGGGAGUUAAAGCCUUGCCUAAUGAAGUCCGCAAAACAUCAAACGGCUUGGUGGUACAUGAUUUGCAUGCUGAAGUUCUCUGUUUAAGAUUAUUUAAUUGGUUUUUACUAGAUGAGUGUUUGAAAUUGAAAACAGAUUCAAAGUGUUCUUCAGAAAUACUUCAUAUUACUGAUCAGUUGGAAUUUAAAUUGAAUAGCAAUGUCAGACUUGCCUUAUAUGUGACAGAGCCUCCCUGUGGCGACGCUUCGAUGGGGCGCAUGUCUCGAGAGUUGCUUGACUCAACUCCAUGGGAACUUGACGCUCGUAAAAGGCAAAAACUCAGCUCAAAUGGCAGCAUUUUAAGAGGGAGAUCUCACUUAGAUCAGCUAGGAAUAGUUAGGACGAAACCCGGAAGAUCUGACAGCGUAAUUACUUUGAGCAAAUCUUGUUCCGAUAAACUCUGUAUAAAGCAAUUAGUUGGCAUAACAAACAGUUUUACUUCAUUAUUGUUUCCAGAGAAUAUAUUCCUUGAUUACUUGGUGCUACCCGAAUCCAAAUACGACAGAUCUGACUUUGACAGAUGCUUCAAGGAACGAUUUAGCGAUAAAUUGAGUUGUUCUUGUCACUCUUUGAAAGCUCUAACUUACAACGGCAAAGAGUAUAAAUAUAAUAAGCCUAUAAAAGAUGGAUCUUCUGUGGCAAGUCCUCUUUCUUUAUUGUACAUAUUUCCAACAAAAACUCUCCAGAUAUUGAAUAACGGCGUUAAAAAUGGAUGCUACAGGAAGAGUAAGGUACCUGGCAUUGGUGAUGAAAGCAUAAUUUGCAAUCGACAAUUAUUUCAGAAGUUUAAACAGCUAAGGCCAGAAAAGCUUGAAUCAUAUGUUGAUUUGAAACUUUCUAAUCCAAAGAGACAACGUCUUAAGGAAGAAGCAAGACAAGUCCUAGGUAACUGGCAACCUACAGAUAUCGACAAUUUUAAUCUUAAUUAUAAAUAA